UCUCCUCAAACUGCUGGAGACACCCACCUCUUUAUGCUGCCUUAGACAGUGCCUAAUCUUACCUAAUGGAAUAGCCCUCCCUGCCUGGUACAUAAUACCUCAGUCUGCAAUAGUGACACAAGAGACAAACUAGGAAUCACUCCGGUGUAGGUUGUACGUGAUGAAUGUAGUCGACAAGAGAUUUGAUGCAGGCAACGGGAGCUUCAUUUGUUAAAGAAAGCUGCUAAGAGAAGUGGAUUGUUCAGCACUCUGGACAGCUGCUCAGCGAGAAAGGAAAGCAUUAGAGUGAAUUAGAAGGUUCAGCACUCUGGACAGCAACUCUAUCUGAAGGAAUAGCUCCGGAGUGAAUUGGAAGCUUCAGCACUUCGGACAGCGCCUGCUCCUACAAGAAAGACUCUUCGCUUGCUACAAUGAUUGCCUGUCUACCUAUAUUAUCCCACCAUAGUUUAAUGUCUUCUCGAGGAGUUGUCCUUCUUUCCCAUAAGGAGUGCAAAUUAUAAUUUGUCAUCCACGAAUAUGUGUUGUAGGAAAAGUUUGGAUAUGAGCAGAGCAGAAGAACCCAAGAAGAAGCUUUUCUGAAGGUUGAAACUGGCUUUCUUGCUUUAUCUGAAAGGAAUGAUGACUGGAGAAGCAUGUGUACCAGUAGCCAAAUCAUUGGAAGCCUCUUGGUGCUCUCUGUGUUGGAGAUAGGACUGGGCUUAUCCAGUGUGGCUGUGGGAGCUGUCACUUUUGCAAGGGUCAGGACUAGGACAGAUCCACCACCACAGCUGGGAGACUCUUCUCCGGUAUGGAGCGGGGCGUGUUUUCUCAUUUGUGGAGUUUGUGGUAUCUUCUGCGCCAAAAAGAAAUCGGGUCUCAUAAUGAUUCUUUUCUCAGCCUGCUGCAUAUGUGGACUCAUCGGAGGCAUCCUAAACAUUCAAUUCCUUCGUGCCCUCACCAAAAGAUCCUCAUUGCACCUUGCUUCUUUGUCACUUGCAUGCAUUGGUAUCAGUGGCUGCACGAUAUCUACAUGGCUUACGUGUCGCCUAGCCAGUUAUGAGCAAAGGAGGAUGUUUUUAGAAAGAGAACACUCACUUCAUCACUCUCAUGAAAUGACAGAAAAGGAAACCAUUGAAAACAUUAGCAAUGGAGGAGCACAGCUUGUUUUUAAUGGACGCAUAUAGACCUAUUUUGAUGAGAUUAUUUAGUACACCACCACAACAUUAUUUUUACAAGUACUUAUGGCUUUUGGUUGCUAGGACACGACCUUCUAAUUCUUCAGAAUGAUUUUUAAGAAACAGUCUUUUUUGGGACAGAGUGACUAUAUUUUAUGCACAAAAAUGGAUUUCAUAAGAAUGUAACGUGGAGUCCAGGUCUUCUAUAAAUAUAUGUAGAAAAAUUAUUUUUUAGACCUUUCUCACUAUUUCAUAGAAGUGCAUAGAAAAACAAAACCAGGCCAUUUAGGCAUUUCAAAGUAAAGUUUCCUGCCAUUUGCUUCAGAUUACAAGUUAAUAUACAUGUUCCCUUCAAAGACAAAGGCCCAGACUUACCAAUUGGCCUGAAACCAAAACUGAGCUGUGAUUGGUUGGUAUGGGAAAAGUUAGAGCUUGGCUUUCAAAUUGGUAAGCCUGGGCAAGUGUUUUCAGAAAAUUUCACUAUAACCACAAUAGUAACUAAUUCAGUAAGUUAAACUUAAUUUAUAUGUAUACAUCUUGAAACAAAGAAAUUCAGCUCCAGAGAAUUAAAAGGGUACUCCGGUGGAAAACUUUUUUU